AUUCUGUCCGUGCGCUUGCUCAAACUGCCAGUGUUGAAGAUCACCUGAAUUCUCUCAUACGUACUUGUGCUGUGCCGUGAGGCCUAUCCCCCGCCCCAAGCAUAUCGCACCAGCUCGAAACUUUCCAUCGUACAAUCCCAAAUAUCCAUAGCUGACAACGACCAUCAUGGCUCGAGAGUUCGAGAAUGUCUAUCUGGGAGGGAAGACGAGUGCCAAGGCAGCGGGGAAGUUGAAGAUUGCCGAAAUGGGCAUUGGCUGGAAGAAUGCAACCACCGGGAAAAUCGUCACGAUUUCCUCAGCCGACUUACAGAAGCUGUCGUGGCAGCGCUGCUCACGGGAGUUCCAGCUACGACUACAGACGAAGGAGGGAAAAGUCUUCAAGUUCGACGGAUUGCCGAGAGAUUCCUACGAGACGCUCGCCUCUCUGAUAAAAAGCACAUACCACAAAACGCUAGAGCGCAAGGAGGUUUCUGUGAGGGGUUGGAAUUGGGGAGCAGUUGAGUUCCAGGGCAACCACAUGGCAUUCAACGUUGCGAACCACACCGCCUUCGAAGUGCCAUUAAGUGAUGUCGCCAGCACCAACUUGGCGUCUCGUAACGAAGUGACACUCGAGUUUGCACCCGACAACACGAAGAAGAGCAAGAAGGAGGCCGAAGAUGAGCUGAUGGAGAUUCGAUUCUUUGUACCGGGUGUGGGGACACAGAAUCAAGUCACGGAGAACGAGGAAGGUGUCAAGCUGUUCAAAGACAAGGAUGAAGAAGCUAAGGUUGCAAACGAGGAAGCGAAUGGCGGGGAUGGUGAAAACGGAGAGCAUGCCCCUGUGCUGGAUGAAGAUGGAACGGCGUUGACGGCAGCGAGCCUGCUGUGUGAGACAAUCAAGCAAAAGGCGGAUUUGGACGGCGCAGCUGGGGACCCGGUCGCCACCUUCGAGAACUUGCUGUGUCUCACGCCACGUGGACGUUUUGCGAUGGAGCUUUACUUGGAUUCGUUCCGGUUGCGUGGAAAGUCACACGACUACAAGAUUCUGUUUACCUCCAUUGUCAUGCUUGCUGUCUUGCCAAAGCCGGAUGACAUGCACUCGAUGCUCGUUGUUGGACUGGACCCUCCAUUGCGCCAAGGGCAAACACGAUACCCGUUCCUUGUCUUCCAGUUCGAGCGCGACGAUGAGGUCGAGCUUGACUUGAACAUGCAAGACCAGGACUGGGAGAACUACACUGACAAGCUGAAGAAAUCAUACGAUGGCCCUUCCUUCGAAGUCGUCAGUGACGUUCUGAAGGGGCUAUCUGGAAAGAAGGUUACAACCUCUGGAAGUUUCAAGAGUGCGCAAAGCCAGAGCGGUAUCAAGUGUGCAUACAAGGCCAACGAGGCCUUCUUUUACCCUCUGGAGAAGUGCUUGAUCUCGAUCCCCAAGCCAGCAAUCUUCAUUGCCCACGCGGAAAUCUCGGUUGUCACUUUCUCUCGUGUUGGUCAGGCUGGAGGAGGCAACGCUUUGAAGACUUUCGAGAUCAAAGUCAAUUUGCGGGACGGACCAGAGUACACAUUUGGAAGCAUCGCCAGAGAGGAGCAUGAUCCGCUGGAACGAUUCUUCCGCGCCAAGAACAUCAAGGUCCUCAGCGAACUUGCGGACCCCCAAAAUACGUAUGCGGAAGACUCUGACAUUGACAGCGGAGAUGAAGCGCCACGGAAGCGUGUGCGAGAAGAGAUUUCGGGAGGCUUUGGUGAUGAGGAUGAAGAUGAAAGUGAGGACGAAGACUUUGCACCUGAGGACGAAAGUGACGUCGCAGAAGAGUUCGAUGAAGACUAUGCUGGAAGUGCCAGUGAGGGAGAAGGAGGCGAGGAUGCAGCAGCGGGAGAGAAGCCUAAAGAAAAGACCAAACUGAAGGAGAACCUUUGACGGCCUAUUUCCACUUCUCUAAGGAGAAGCGGCCUGAGGUAUUGAAGGAGAACCCCGGUCUGUCCGUCCCAGAGGUCGCCAAGAAGUUGGGUGAAUUGUGGAAGGCGGCGGGACCAGACGAGAAAGCGCCCUAUGAAGAAUUG